AGGGUAGACGUCUAUGUGGCUGCUUUUCAUAAACACAUCCCCAGCCAGAGACUUUCUAUCAGUCAAAAGUCAAUAAAGAUAUUUAAUUUGAGACCUUUAAUCCACACAGCAUUCAAUCUGAGAUCCGCAUAAAGAGAACACCGCCACUGGUCGAUCUAGGCGCAUGUGUUAUUGUUUAUGAAACGGAGAAGUACAUACUCUGCUGUUCUAUAGCGCUGCAAUGAUGUACAAUGAUGCCCGACGCGGAAAAAAACUGUGUUCGUUGUUUGAAGUAGCUAGGCUAACGUGGCAGUUUCACGGUUUCGGAUUCCAGCUUUAAAACCAUAUAGCUAGGUUGUGGAAAUCAGAAAGUCACUUAAAAAGUUUUCCUGUCUCUUUGAAAAGUAUACAGGCUAAACAAUUGCGCACACCAGUAACUAUGUUUUAUGUGGACGGAUUGAAUGCGUCCUCCUCCAUUGUGUCAUCACAAUCCCAGUAUCCCACGUUUGUAAUUACCUAGCACAAGAACCAGGAAGAGAAGUUUGAAUGCAACACGCGUCCUAUCUUUCGGGCAACAACUUCGAUGCGAGUCUUAUAAUGCGGAUUAUUUUAAAGUGAUCGGCCAUGUCUGAUAAGGGUCCUUUAUUAACGUCAGGUAUAAUUUUUUACCUAUCGAUCGGGGCAGCGAUAUUUCAAAUACUUGAAGAACCCAAAUGGAAACUGGCCAGGUCCGAAUAUUACCGUCAAAAGGAAAUCAUUCUUAAAACAUAUCCGUGCUUGACUAAAGAAGAUCUGAACUAUAUUUUGCGGGUGGUGUCAGACGCUGCUGGACAAGGUGUGACCGUUACUGGAGAGAAUACCUACAACAACUGGGAUUGGACCAAUUCGGUUGUCUUUGCUGCCACUAUUGUCACUACCAUAGGUUAUGGUAAUGUUGCCCCAAAAACGGUUGGUGGCCGUAUAUUCUGCAUCCUGUAUGGCCUGUGUGGGAUCCCUCUCUGCCUCACCUGGAUUAGUGAGCUGGGCUCAUUCUUCGGAGACAGAGCCAAGCGCCUGGGACAGGUCCUGAUACGCAAACGCUUUAGUGUGAAAAAGGUCCAGUUGAUCUGUACGGCCAUCUUCCUCCUGUGGGGUCUGCUGGUACACCUGGUGAUCCCCCCGUUUGUGUUCAUGUCCCUGGAGGGAUGGUCCUACCUGGAGGGCUUCUACUUCUCCUUCAUCACUCUCACCACUGUCGGCUUCGGGGACUACGUCGCAGGUAUCAAUCCGAACAUAGACUACCCAAGGCUGUACCGGGUGUUAGUAGAGGUGUGGAUUUACAUGGGUCUGGCCUGGCUGUCUCUGUUCUUCAGCUGGAACGUCCACAUGGUUGUGUCGGCCCACAAGGUCCUGAAGAAGAGGAGGCAGAGACACAGGAUGGACCACCUGGACCAUCGAUGGCAGCCCGAGAAGGACGACAUCCGCAGCCCUCGCCGCCUCCCCACCGCCGUCGACAUCUUCAACUUCCUCUCUGAGAAGCAGGAGGACUACAGCACCGCCAUCAGGCAGAUCGGUGCUGCCGCAAAGCCGAAGACAGGGAAGGAAUUCAAGGAGAUGAGUCGCUCGAAGAGCUGUAGCGACAUCCUGGGGACGAAUAUCCAAACCCUGGAGCAUUCCCCACGCCGCCUGAGGCGCCACCUCAGCAUCAGUCACAAUAUGUUACUAAGCAGCUUUGGGAUGGGAGAGGAGGGGCAGAGGCUUAUCGAGGAUGACCCUGUGUUUAUGGGAGACCCUGUGUUUAUGGGAGACCCUGUGUUUGAGGAGAACUGUCUGGAUAGAGAGACUAAAGAGGAGGAGGCUGUUAAUGUGUCCAACUCAAAAGAGAACCUCAACCCCGCCGAUCUAGGUCCUAACAUCAACAAAGAGGAGAAUGAUCAGAACCAAGAUGGUGGAGAGAAUAGGUUUACUGUAUCAAAGGUAGUGGAGGGGGAUUCGGGAGAGGAUGAGAAAGUCUGAAGCCUUGGAUCCACCCUCUUCAUGGAGAACUGAAUGAUGUAAUCAAAAGGGGACCAUCGCGCUCUACUAGAAGUUUGGUUGGUGUGUAAAACCCGUGAAUUCAGAUAAAUAAAAAAGUGUGAUGGGUCUGUGAUGGGUCCGCGGAUCAUCACACCUUUUUAUUUAUUGGACCCAUCACACCUUUUUAUUUAUUGGACCCAUCACACCUUUUUAUAUGUAGAAGUGUCAUAACAAGGUCCUGAGACAACUAGAGACAAUGGCAGGGUUAGGAUUGGUCAUAUUCCCCUGUGGUGAGGAGUGGGUCCAAAUUUUCUACGGUUUUCCUUAACAUAGUGAUCAGCGAAAUGUAUGACCCAGGAUUAUCAAUGCCUAAGAUCAUGAAUAUACUGUCGAGACAACUUCCUGUCUUCUCUGUAAAGUUUAUCUUGAUGUUAAAAACACAUUUUGGUCUGUGGGAAAAGUAAAGAAAGGAAAAGUAUAUCAAACAAUGGACUCCUUAGAGUUUGCCGGUGUGAUUUACCUCCCACUUUGAGAAAACUGAAAGCAACGUAGUUUGUCUGUUGUUACAAACUGCCUUCAGAAAUGCAGUUUACAUGAGUUUCUAUGCAAUUUCCAUGUUGUUAUAUGAGCAGAUGUAGUGGUUGUGUGGACUUGAAAAAGGAGAUGUAAGAUAUAGAAUUUUGUUUUGUUUUGUCAUUAACAAAAAAGCUCCCAAAGAU